GAUCACAUGACCUGUCACAUGACCCAGCAAACAUGGCUGCGCCCUGUUCGGAAGCUUUGCGGCUUCUACAGGUCUGCUUGUGGCUAACUCUAAUAGUCGGAAUAGGGCUGGUGAGGGCAGACUGCGGCUGUAACGCUGCAAACAGAGAUGGCCAAGGGACCGAAAAACACCGUCAUGGAGCGGCCUUCAAAUACUCACAGGAGGCAAGUGAGAAAGUAUCAGGACCCGGAGAAACUAAAGACAGGAACAAGAUGAUACUGCUACCUGCUGGAAUAUUCACCAUGGGCACUGAUAAACCUGGCAUUCCCCAAGAUGGAGAAAGCCCAGCCCGUAGAGUUCAGUUGGACUCCUUCUAUAUGGACAUGUAUGAAGUCAGCAACUUGGAGUUUGACAAGUUUGUGAUAGUGACAAAACACGUAACAGAGGCAGAGAAAUUUGGAGACUCGUUUGUGUUUGAAGGUUUGCUAAGUGAAGAGGUCAAGAGUGGCAUUGAUAAGGCCGUAGCUGCUGCACCCUGGUGGCUCCCUGUGAAAGGUGCUGACUGGAGACACCCAGAAGGUCCAGACUCGAAUAUCUCUGACAGGCUGGAUCAUCCUGUUUUGCAUGUAUCCUGGAACGAUGCCUCGGCCUACUGCGCCUGGGUAGGAAAACGCCUUCCAACAGAAGCUGAAUGGGAGUAUGCCUGCCGUGGAGGAUUGGAGAACAGGCUAUUUCCAUGGGGAAACAAGUUGCAGCCCAAAGGGGAACAUUUUGCAAAUGUCUGGCAAGGGUUUUUCCCAACCAACAACUCAGGAGAGGACGGAUAUGUGCAGACAUCACCUGUAACCAUGUUCCCUGCGAAUGGCUAUGGGCUGUAUAAUAUGGUGGGAAAUGCUUGGGAGUGGACCUCGGACUGGUGGGAUACAAGUCACACAGCAGAUGAUGCCUAUAACCCAAACGGACCACCUUCGGGAACAGACCGGGUAAAGAAAGGAGGGUCCUACAUGUGUCACAAGUCCUACUGCUAUAGAUAUCGAUGUGCUGCUCGUAGCCAAAAUACACCUGACAGCUCAUCCUCCAAUCUGGGAUUCCGGUGUGCAGCAAGUGUCUAGUGACCUGGGGGGGAUGCUGUGAUGGGGAACAGGAAAGAAUGGUUUGAAUGUUCACACGUCCUCAAAGACUGCUGUAAAAGCUUUAAAGUUGGUACUCUUACAUAAUGGGAGAGCACACGGUUGCACCAGCAAUCAGAUCUGCAUCCAUCACAAUUUCCUUUAUAGAAAGACCGUGGAGAAAAGCCAAAAUAUUUUGUUUUUUUUUUUAUUUUAUUUUUUUUUCUAAUCUCAAAAUGUGUGCUGUACAGUAAUUGCAUUCAGAGCGGUUAGAUUGAAGAAAUCUUUUGUGGGCUUGUUAUCAUUGUUUCUACUUUCUAAUCUAUAUUAAGAAGCAGCCCUCUGCAAGAUGUUUUAAAUAGUGCUGCCAACUGUGGGCCCAAAAUGGGCCUUUCUUCCCCCCUCCCCCACUUACAAAGUUCAUAUAUAGAA